AUGAACCAAGUCCUCGCCCUCCCCGAGCUCCUCGAGCCCAUCUUCCUCUCUCUUGACCUCCGAACCCUCCUGACCUCAGCCCAGCGGGCCUGCACGCAGUGGAGAAGUAUAGUCCGAGGCUCCUCCUCCUUGCAGGAGAAGCUAUUCUUCAAGCCCCGAGCAAUAACCAAGAGGCACUAUUCACCGGAACCGAUCUUCAACCCUCUUCUAACAACAGCCUUCCCCGCAAUCUUCCACGCCAACAACGCUAUCUCCCCACACAGCGACCAAGAAUUCAACAUCGCCGACCUAGAACUCAUCACGCACCCGGCCAAGCGAACAGCGUACCUGCGCCCCGAAGCAAGCUGGCGCACUAUGCUCAUCCAGCAGCCACCGACAUCCUCGUUCGGCAUCGUGCAACAUCAUGGCGGGCAACUCGGGUAUGGCGGCUCAUAUGAGAUCAUGAAGACGGAAGGUGGUUUGCGCAUGGAAGCACUGUUCGAAGCGCUAUUCUUCCACCAGGACAUCGACGCUUUCAACUGCCCCGACGGGAUCAUCUGGUGGAGCGAGGGCGCGGAGCCGAAGUUCGGGAGGUUGCUUGAGCCCUUUGCGGAGGAGGUGAAGAAGGUGGAACAGCCCGGUGUGCUGGUGCAUGUGAGCUUCUUUGCCACUUGUACAUCAACGGAAUCUGAGCUAGAGGAUGAGGAUUAUCGGGACGUGCUGAAGGCUGUGCAGACUGGGUACCGGGGGCUGGGGCUGGAGCCGAAGGUGUUGGCGGGGCCGGAGUGGGAAAGGCAGAUGUGGGAGUAUUCUAGAACGUGGGACUGA